AUGAUUUCGCUUUCCCUUAGGCUUGGGUUGAUCGUAGCUGCUUGUGUCACUCCUGCGACGAGAAGCCCACAGUCUGGAGAUUGUUUAAUAGGCAAGUGUACAGUCUUAGACGGGCAAUAUUGCGCCGAGUGUGCAAUCCCCGGAGAGGUGCCCAUCAACGGGGUAUGCAUCCCCCUCACUGAUCCCAGGGCAGUGGCAUCUGGCUGCGGAGGCAGUGCAGAGGCUCCGCUGAGUACAUCCGCCAGGAGGUGCGAAUUUUGCCGCGGCGGAAGCUACUUUCUCCACGAGGGAGGGUGCUAUAACGUGCUCUAUAGCCCCGGAAACCGCAUAUGCAGAACUGCUACAUCAGGAUACUGCACGUUGUGUGUAGAUGGAUUCUUUCUAGACACAACAUCCAGCAUUCACCAGUGCAAGCCUUGCCACUCCACAUGUGCCACGUGCACAAGCGGCACUGCUCAGUCCUGCCUCAGUUGCCGGUCAGAUCGGUUUCUCAAGACCAACGAAUGUAAGGAGUGCUCUGCUGCAGAUGGUGGAGUAACAGCUUGUGCACAGUGCUCUCAAAACUCCGACGAGAUCACUUGCACUCUGUGUAAAGAAAAGUACUUCGUUAAAGAGGGUAAGUGCACCGCUUGUGCUGCCAACUGUGCCACAUGCACAGGCGAAAGACCAGAGGAUUGUAGUGUAUGCGUGAGCAAGUACUCGUACGACCUUACUGCCAAAAGCUGUACGCAGACAUGUGAUGAGCACGAUAGCCAGGCAACCAAAUGCAAAACAAGCAUGUGCACCGCGCUGAAUAACAGAUACUGCUCUCAGUGCGCUAGCAGUAGCGACCUUCUUAUUGAUGGGAAAUGCGUCUCUGCAGAUGACAAGAAGAUCUGCACCCCAUUCGAUCCCCCCAACGGCACCUGUAGUACCUGUGCCAAGGGGCAUUUGCUCUUUCAGGGAGGCUGCUAUAGCGUAGCAGAACCUCUGGGGCAGGAGGUGUGUGCAGAGACCUCCGAGGUCCAGGAGCGUACGGUCUGUGUCCGAUGUGCGCAGUCGGGCUUCGUGCCUGUCUCAGGGGUCUGUUUGAGGUACGACGCGCAAGAGGUGGCAGCAGUGGGCUGUGUGACGUCCCGGGGCUCUGCGGUCACACCCACAGACACGACAUGUGCAAGUUGUGGAGCGAAAGCUUUCCUCUACAAAGGUGGCUGCUACUCAAACGAGACGUCGCCCGGGAACGUCAUAUGCGACGAGCUGGACGGCACAGGUGGCUGCAAAGUGUGCAGUAACAAGUACUACCGCAGUGGCAGCACGUGCGCACCAUGCCACCAGUCCUGUGAAACGUGCAGUAGCGGUGCUGCCGACAGCUGCCUGUCCUGCAAAAAGGAUGUCUACUUUGAGGUUUUCAGCGGGGGGCGCGGCUAUUGCAAGCCCUGCAACGAUCCGGUGGCCACCAUCACGAUCGUAGGGGUCGCAAAUUGCGAAAGGUGCAGCCCCAAGCCCAGCGGGACCAUGCCUAUCUGCACAAAGUGCACCACCGGGCAUGUCCUCAAGGGCAACAGCUGUGUGCAGGUUUGUCAUGAAGGGGCUGAGGGGGCGGGACAGUGCAAAACGGGACACUGCAAUACCAUUUCCAACACUUAUUGUUCAGAGUGCGCCACAUCUACAGAAUGUCCUGUUGACGGCAUAUGCACAGCAACCCUAGAUGGGCACAGUGCACAAGACGGCGCCUGCACAUCCUGCGCAUCGGGGUACUUUCUAUACAACGGGGGAUGCUACCGAAAGGGUGUCAUGCCUGGCAUGCUUAUCUGCAAAGAUGAAGACGACAGCACCAGCACCUGUUCCAAGUGCGAAGAUGGAUACAUGUCAUCGGGCAACGGAUGCAAGGUCUGCGAGGUUAGCAACUGCCGGGCCUGCUCCGGAGAUGCCGCCUCCUGCACCAGCUGCAACUCGGGAUACUUCCUCAAGGACAACAUAAAGGGGUCGAAGGUCUGCGAAAAGGUCUGCGAGGAGGGCAUCGGCCCAGGGAAGUGUAUCUACGGAGGAUGCACGGUUCGAGACAACACCUUUUGCAGCAGAUGCAGCGAGGCAGACGAAGUCCCCAUAGAUGGAGUUUGCUCGUUGCCAGAAAAACGGGCCCGCAUAUGUCUGAGUGCCUCUUCGGGAGCAUGCCUUCGCUGCGCCGCAACCCACCUGCUGUACUACGGCGGGUGCUAUAAGAUUACCCAGCCAGUGAUCGAGAUCUGCAAACAAGAUAGUCAGAUAGUAGAAAAGGACACUGCCUAUUGCAAAGCAUGUAGUGAUGCGGGCGAGUACCCUGUCGAUGGGUCAUGCACAGCAGAGCUUGACGGAAAUACGUGCACAAGCAGUAAGUGCACUGCAUGCGGGUCCGGCUACUUUAUGCACAGGGGAAUAUGCAUGCGGCAGGAAUCACACUCAGAUAUCUGUGCCAGGGUCGGGGCUGGGGUCUGUGAGGAGUGUGGCAAAUCGUACUUCAAGAACCCGGUGGCUAGCACGGCGAUAGACUCAUGCAUUGCGUGCAGCGAUACAGCUGGAAGCAACGGAUAUACUGGAAUAGAUCACUGCGAUACAUGCCUGCCUCCUAAAGCAGCAGGACCGGCUACCUGUACAGACUGCGCAGAUAGGUACAUCUUGAACGAGCAGAAUCGAUGCGAAGAAUCCUGUCCAGAAGUAGAGGAGAGCAGCAAGGCGACAGGAAAGUGUUUGAAGGGCUACUGCAACGUGCUCAACGGGAAGUAUUGUUCCAGGUGUUCGCUAGAGUCAGAUUAUCUCGUGGAUGGAAGGUGUACCUCCACCAAUAGUAAUGUUUGCACACCGCACACACAACAAAAUGGUAUGUGUGCGUCGUGUGCGAUGACCCACAUCCUUUACAUGGGCGGGUGCUACAAUCCAGCUGCGCCUCCCGGGAGUAAAGCGUGCGCUAGGCAUAACCUGAUAGGCAACACGCUAUACUGCUUCCAGUGCGGAGUCGUGACAGACCUUCUGGUCGAUGGACACUGCCUUGCGCCCGGCAGUACAGAAGCUGCGGUGUGCACUCUGCACCGCAUCCCCACUGGCACGUGCUACUAUUGCAGCAGCGACUACUUCCUGAUGCUUGGGAGCUGCGUCUCGGCAGAAAGGGCUCCUGGAAACACGGUUUGCAAAGACCUUGGAGUGCAUGACGGCAUUUGCAGCACCUGCAAGGAUGGAUACUACGCGCCCCCCGACCGCUCAAGUGUCAGCGACUCGUGUGUUCCGUGCACAGAGAACAGCGACACGCUGAAGGGCAUACCCCACUGCAAGAGCUGCAAGGUUUCCAACGGACUCCUGGUCUGUGUUGCCUGCGAGCAGUUCUACAGACCAAUGAACGGGGGAACGGAGUGCGUGCAAACGUGCAUUGAGGCAGAGGCAGACCCCAAGGAGCACAGGUGCAGAAAGGACAAGUGUGAUGUCCUGGGCACGUUCUACUGCUCCCAGUGCGCUGCUGAUGCCGAGGGCCCAGUCAACGGCGUGUGUGCUUCAGUGGCCGCAGGCGUGUGCAUACAAUAUAAACAAGCUAAUGGCACCUGCAAAUACUGCACCCACGGAUACAUCAAGUACAAGGGUGGCUGCUAUGAAGCGGGGUCGUUCGAGGCGGGGGACAUCUGCGACGCCCAGGAUGUCGUGACCUCGGGUGCAGGGUCGUUUUGUGCAAAGUGUAAGCAGAAGGAUGAGGUGCCCGUUGAUGGGGAAUGCAAGGUCUCGGAUGACUGCACCGUCAAGGGAGAUGGCAUCUGCAGGUCGUGCAAACAGGGUGUUAAGUCAUUCCAGAUAACCAAGGAUGGAAGUCCUGCAACGGUUGCAUGCUUUACUAAGUGUCCGGAUGGGAUGUAUGAGUCUGCUGAGUUCUGUCAGCUGUGCGAUAAGAGCUGCAAGACGUGUCAAGAUAGUGCAGCAAAAUGCACGGGAUGCGCAGACGGCUUCUAUCUUGCGGCCGGAAAGUGUGUUGCUUGCAGCGUGCUCCACUGCUUGACGUGCAAUGCGGCAAAUACCUGCGCCUCUUGCCAGGAUGGGUAUUAUGCCAGUGGGAACUCGUGUGUUGCAUGCACACCCGGGUGUAAGAAGUGCGAUAGUACUGGGUGUAAGGUCUGCAAGGAUAGAUUUGCACUGAGGAAUAACAUAUGUAUUGAGGAAUGCCCCGUUGGAUUGCUUUCCACGUCCUGUGCUGCAGGAUACUGCAAUGUCAACGGCACGCUCGCAUGCAGCCGCUGUGCGCUAUUAAACAGCGUUAUCAUCGACGGAAAGUGCAAAGCGAAUGACGACGCUUGCAUCCGUACAACCCCAUCCAGCGGGACGUGUGCGGCUUGCAAGGACACACACCUCCUCUACUAUGGGGGCUGCUAUGCUAAAGGCGCAGCAGCUGGGACUGCCAUAUGUGACAGCCAGCACCAGGCUACGCUGGGCCCGUACACGAUCUGCAAGCAAUGCAAGCGAGACGGGGAAGUCCCGAUCGACGGCUCGUGCGUUGCAUUGGCUAACACUAGGGCAAUCAGAUCGCAAUGUGUCGCUGCCACACCAAGCCCCACGUCGUGCACACGCUGCGGGCCAAGGUUCUUCCUGCACGCCGGGGGGUGCUACGAGAUAGGACGCUCGCCUGGAACGGUGCUCUGUGCGGUGGCCGUCGACUCAGCAGUUGCAGGAGUGUGCACAUCGUGUGCCUCCGGGUACUACAGCACAGGCCUACUCGAUCCCACAAAGGAGUCCUGCAUCCUAUGUAAUGAUACAGGUGCAACAAAUGGAUACACGGGCAUUGACGGCUGCACAGAGUGCUAUCCAAGCGAGACACCAAAGAGGGUCAUCUGCACGCGAUGCAAGGACAAGCACAUUCCUAGCGAGGACGGCUCGCGGUGUAUCCAAAGCUGCAACGACAGUAGAUCAGAGUCUGGUAACUGUAAGGCUGGCAGCUGUACGGCGAUGGGCUCGCUGUACUGUUCCAGGUGUGCGCUGGAUGACGAGUGGCCGAUCAACGGGGCUUGCACGGGGCGUGAUACGGACUAUGUUUGCGAGAAGGGGAAGGGCGUCUGCACAGGGUGCCUACGCGGAUACAUGCUCUACAUGGGCGGGUGCUAUGACCCUGCCGCGAUUCCCGGGUCUGGCAUUUGUAGGGAGCUUCUGACAGUCGGAGGGCGCACAUAUUGCAAGCAGUGCAAUCUUGCAGGAGCGUUUCCAAUAAAUGGCCUGUGUACAAAGGAUGUGCCAGAUGGUGUCUCGUGCUCCAGCGGUUUAUGCGUCAUAUGUCCCGAGAACUACUUCUUCCACGAGGGAGGCUGCUAUGAUAUCACGACUACUCCUGGAAGUGGGAUUUGCGAAGUCCUUGGAACAGGCCGCGAUGCCGGGACCUGUCGGCGGUGCAGACCCGGCUACCGUCACAACAAGGAGACGCUGACGUGCAUGUCCUGCGCCGUCUCCAACUGCGCCAGCUGCGAGAUAGACGUGAAGUACUGCACAGAAUGCAUUCAGCCCUACACGCUGACAGGCGUCGGGGCCGGGGCAUACUGCACGAAGCCCUGCAAAAGAGUGGGGCAGGACGCUUGCAGUUGGGGCUCCUGCACAAUAAUGGACGGGUCUCUGUGCUCGCAGUGCGCGUCGAGUGAUUACGUGCCGAUCGACGGCGUCUGCACACUCUAUCCUGGAGAUGCUCGCUCACUGGCCGGUCCAUGCGUAAAGGACGCCACGAAGGGCCGCUGCACCGCGUGCCGAGGGAGCUACUUCCUCUACCAGGGGGGCUGCUACUCCGCAGGCGAGUACCCCGGUACGGGCAUCUGCGAUGAGCGCGAUGCAACAGUCGUCGACGGCCAGGUCGUCUGCGGGAGCUGCCUGAUCGACGGAGAGGUUCCUCUGGAUGGCACGUGCGCAGAGCCGAAGGAGGGACUUAUCUGCAGCAAGGGCGUGUGCUCGCACUGCGGAGACGGGAUGUUCCUCUUCGAGGGCGCCUGCUACACAAAGGGAAGGGCGCCGGGGACGAGCAUUUGUGGAGACACCACGGAGUCGACGUCCGGGUGCGCUGCAUGCGAGGCAGGCUUUUCCAAGACAAACAAGGGCUGCGUGCGCUGCUCCGAUCCCAACUGCGGCGCGUGCGUAGACGACCCCAAUACGUGCACCGCUUGCAGGGCCGGAUACUAUCUCCAGAGCACGUCCUGCAUUGCGUGCCACCCGGCGUGCAAGACGUGCGAUGGUAUGGGGGCUGAUAAAUGCAAAGAGUGCGCCGAGGGAUACUUUGGCACGUUCGCCACGCCUGGCCUGGGAGCCUGUCUUGCCUGCUCGGACACGUCUGGCAAGGACAGCUGGGUGGGAGUGAGUGGCUGCAGGCUCUGUGAGGCUCCGAAGGUAGCGGGCCCCGCACUGUGCAAGGACUGUCUCCCGGGCUACAAGGCGCUCUCGACCGGGACAGAGGUGACCUGCCAUGCAGUCUGUCCAAUGACGUACUACGAGGCCGCUGACAGCUGCAUCCCGUGCGCGAUCGACAACUGUGCAACGUGUACAAGCACGAGAUGCACCAGCUGCGUCCCAGAGCACAUCUGGAACGGCGAAGAGUGCGUCCCCAAGAUCUGCCCUCCGCAGUGCCUCUGUAGGGAGCAAAGUAUAGCGUGCAUAGGAUGCAACGAGAACGCCGUUGAGGUCAGGCCGACCCACUCCAGCGCCAGCAGGUGCCUGCUGUGCAACGACGCGGGGGCAGGCGGAGGAUGGACAGGGGUCGACGGCUGCCAGAGGUGCCGCCUCGCUGAUCGCGUGGGCCCGGUCGUCUGCCUGGCGUGCGAGAGUGGACGCAAGGCGCUGACUCUGGACGGGAUGCUCCUGUGCCCCCGCGAAUGUCCGACAGAGAGCUUCUGGACAAGCGGCAGGGAAUGCAUCCCCUGCGCGCUUGGUUGCCUCCGCUGCACAUCUGCUACUACAUGCAGCGCGUGCAGCCAGGGAUACUACUCGACGCAAAGCUCUGUCUCUGCUCCGUCCGAUUGCCGCCCGUGCGAUGAUGUGACAAGCCAGAACGGUUUCACGGGAAUUCCACACUGUGCCGUGUGCGCGGCAGACCGGGCAAGGGCGGGGGUCACGUGCCACGCCUGCGCAGAGGGCUACGGGCUCUCCGGGGGCUCGUGCAGCCCGUGCACCGCGGCCGGUUGCGCCCGUUGCGACGGGGGUGUCUGCACCUCCUGCAAGAGGGGCUGGCACCUGGCGGGCGACCGCUGCCUGGCAUGCCCCUCUCCGUGCGCCGCCUGCUCGUCGGCAGCCAGCUGUCUGGCCUGUGCCGACGGGUACUUCCAGGCGACGCUCCUCGGAGGCCCCCGAGACUGUGUGCCCUGCGACCAGACGGCACCCCAGGGGCUUCAGAUGGCAGGCAUCCACGGGUGCGGGCUCUGCCAGGCGCAGGCAGGGUCAGGCGCCGUCCUCUGCCUCCGUUGUGCGAACGGAAACCUCCCCCUGGAGAACUACUGCGGAGGCUCGUCGGUCAAGCGCCGCCUCGGCCCGGGCGCGAUCACAGGGAUCACCCUUGGCGUGGCCGUUCUUGUAGGCGGGGCCAUUGGCCUUGCACUCGGCCUGACAGUGUGCAAGCGCGGGUGCGCAGGCAGUACAGGUGAAGGAUUACGGCCACUUUACGCAUAG